UGGGUUAAUAUUCGAAAACCCUCUAAAUAUAUAAUACAAUACAAGGGGUGCCGAAUAAGUUAAUAAUGGCGGGAAAUUUAUUCGGUUAUAAACACAACAUCGAUUUUUUAUGGCUAGGUCUAGAUCACAGUGUUUUGUUGGAGUGUUUGAAUAAUUGAUAAAACCAAAGUUAUUGUUCGGAUAGAUUCUAUGUUUAACGUUACUGUAUUUACAAGGCAGGUAAUUUAACCAUGUGUUAUCGACCGAGACACACCUGGCAGGUGUGUGUUCGAUUUACCGAACAGCAUACCAGUACAUAGCAACGGGCGGCCUUGACUUCCAGUGUGUAUUUGGACUGUUUAAUCGUCUUACCAGAAGUGACACCGAGUGACACGGUUUGGGGUUCAUUGCUAUCGUCACAAUGGCUGAAGAUACAGCAAUAGAGAAGCACAUCAAAUCUUUUGUAUCAAACAAAAUUGGAGAAUCUGUAUACCUGGACUUGUCUAAAUCCAAGUUUGUAAUCAUCAAACACAAAAUAAAGACAGGCUCCAUAUCCUUGGCAUCACUCUGGGUUCGUGUCCUUCAACACCGCAACAACUACCCAGUACAGCGCUAUCCCUAUAGAACACUGUAUGAGGCUAAUGGAAACCAAAAGAUCAGUCUGAAGAUUGACGAUGUAACGAUGACAGUUUUCUUGUCAACUGGUACACUGAUGAUACAGGGGAAUUUUGUGUUGGAGUGGUUCACCAAACGAUUUGAGGACAUCCUGAGGAAUUACGAUGCCCCAGAUGGUCCAUCCCAACCUGUACUUGCCAUGUUCACACAGUAUCAAAAUCAAUGGGAAAGCCUUCUGGAUAGGGAGAAGAAAGCUGCUGAUGAAGCCUCCAGGAAACAAUGGGAAAGAGAAGAAGUGGCUCUAUGUAAGGCUGAUGAACUACCAGUAACUGUAAAGCAAACCUUCCAAGAGGCGGAUAUGUCCGACCAGGAGGAGGAUAACAGGACACUGCAGCAGCUGGAAUUGGUUAGGCUUGAUCAGCUGGAGGAGGAGGACCUAGACUCCCAGUUGGAGAAGCUACGACAAGGAUGUGUUUUGGAUGGUCCCACGGUUGUCUAUCCUCUGUGGAAAUCUUUGUUGGACUGCUGGUUCAGUAACCAGACUAACAAGGUGUAUCUGGCCACCCCUUUCCUAGACACUGUCAGACUCUCUGACGUCUGCCACUUGGUCCUUAAACAUAAACUCACUGCAAACUUGGAAGCCUUCUAUGUACGCCAGAACUGUGAUCACAAACUCCAAAUAUCAGACGUUAAAAGGAAUACACAAAACCGGCUAGAACCAAAAGACCAAGUGUUCAUAGAGUACAAAGUUUACAACAGAAUUGUGUAUCCACUGAAGAAGUUCCACACUAAGUUCCUGGCGUGUGUAAGCAAGGGACAAGCACAAGUGGUGGUAACCAGUGCCAACUUUCACGCCGACCACUUCCACUUUCCCAACUUAGAAAGUGUCCAGUUCCUGACCAUGACUGAAGCAGAGUUUAUUCACAGAUAUCUAAGGACCAUACAAGCAUCACAACUGGAGGUGACAAUACAGACAUGACCUGUCCCUGUGUAACUUAUCUCGUUAACAGAUAUAUCAUUAAUUUAUUGUAUAUCAGGUUUUCUCAGGAGACGUCCGUUACGCAUAACAACUUAUUUUUAAUGUUGUUUUGUAGUCAUUGUUAGAGUUUUUAUCUAGUCUAGGAUAAUUUUAUUUCAUAUUUAGGAAAGAAAAAAUGAUCACCCUAAUACUUUGUAAUAAAUUCAAUCUAAACCUCACUUAGGUAAAUGUAUUUCUUCCCUUGGUAAAUACUAUUUCGUAAUGCUUCCGCUAGGGGUCGAACCCUGGUCAAAUGCUUAUAUUUGGAGAAAUUCUCCCUAGCCGAGUCGGUAAUAAGGACCAAGAUAGUUCACUAGUUUGCAAGGACUUGGGCCCUUUUAAAUGGUAUAAAUUUAGAGAAAGAAAGAAAUGAUGUACACGUACAAUAUACCUUUUCCCUAAUUCAAAAACCCAGGCUUCAAUUUUGUUUUUUAUUUUAAAUUCUUGAAACAGGAUCUCGUUCAUUUUUCCCCUCCAAAGGGAUGCAUGCUAAUUUUCAGUAUCAAAAUAUGGAAUAAUCAAAUAAAAGAUCUAUCGCCGAAAUGAGAAAAAAAAUCUACCCUCACAAAACUAGUCUGCAAAUAUUCAACAAAUAAACCAUGUCAACAUUGAUAUACAAUACAUACCGUGAUGAAUGUUUACAAUAUAAAACAUUACAAAGUUACACUUUAUGGCAUUGGUAGCAAUAUUACCAGCUAUGUAAUUCUUGUUGUUAUUUAGAGGUGUCUUCACUGUGAUUAUUACACUUUAGAGAUGUAAUUCUUGUUGUAUUUUAGAAGUGAAAGGAUUAGUGUACAGUGCUAGAAAUUAAUUUCAAGAAUCAGUAGUUAGUUAGACUAGUAAUUUUCAAUUUUGCUAGUGCAUGUGCAAAUUUCACUUACCUAAUACGGUAUUAUUCAACAUGAUACUCACAGUAAGUAAUAUCAAACUUUGAUUAGUCAGUAUGGCUAGCAAUUCCAAGAUCCUGUAGUCCAGUUGGAGAUUUCAAUAAUAUUAGACUAUCACAGGCAACCCUUAUUGUCAAGCCUUCAUUAUUUAUUUCUUUUUCUUUUUAAGUAUAAUUAUUUAUUAGAGGUGUAAUAAUGAUCAUAUUUUAGAAGUGUAUACAAACACAAUAUUGACAGGCUUAUAAAACACAAUGAAUCCUGUAUGGUUUAAGGAUACAAUUCACCUUUGGAUAGAUGAAUCAUAACCCUUUAUUUAGAAUAUGGGUUGAUGGUCAUUAUUUCUUGUUUUUUUAAAUUCAAAAUUGAACAUAAUAUUAUGUUUUGAUACAAAUAAUUUGCAAAUGAUAUGUUGAUUCAUGAACAGCCACUUUACAAAUGAUAUGUUGGUUCAUGAAGAGCCACUUUACAUAUGAUAUGACAUGUUGUUAGGAAUCCUCUUAUUGAUAAUUACUAGACCUUGAAAGGUAUUUGUUCUAAGUAAGUGAAAUUUAAGUCUAAUGAAUUAUUAAGCAGUGGAUAACAUUUGUACAUAAUUACGUUAAAACCUGACCCAAUAUCACUGGACCAAACCUUUUAGUCCAACUCCAGUAAGAGCUAAAGUUGUGACAUUAUGGAAAACUGAUGGAAAGGAAGAUAAAACUUGGCAGGAAUUGGCCUAGAAAUGUUUUCUGAUAUUGGACCUUCCUUAACAUGUGGACUGUACUCUACCAGUCUAAGAAACAGUUGGUCCCUAUGGUGUUAGUUUUAUACAUGUUACAUUUUGGAAAUGUGUACAACACACAAACUCGGUAUCUUUAACAGUUUUGCAGAUAUUGGACACUUGUUCUAUCUUCUUAUUUGCACUACUAUAGUUGAAUGUUUCUUUCACAAUUUUAAAGAUGUUUGUUAAGAGUAUAUUGCUGCCUUUUAGAUAUGUUCAACAUUACAUUUAAGCAUGAUGCAAAGUUAAUUUUGGUCAAUGUACAAUUCAUUAAGGUCCUUUGGUUAAGUUAUCAUCCAUGCAAUCGGAAACCGUUCAAAUCUAAUAUUCAAGGUAUUGGAUCUGUGAGAAGUCUAGUCGUAUUUAGAGGAUGCUUUGAGAUGUUUAUUUGACAAUUUAACCCGAAGCUGUGAGAAGUUUAAUUAUGAUCAAAGAUUGAAGCGAAUAGCUGUGAUAGCAUUGUUGAUAAUUUCAAUUUUAUGAAAGCUACAUGGCAUUUUGAUAGCAUUAAGGAAUUUGUAUUAAAUCUUAUAUCUGAUUGACCAGUAUUAUUUCUUUUUUUUACAUGAUGUAACAUUUACAUUUCAUUAUAAUUAUAUGGUGCUUGUGUUAUUUAUGGAAUCAAACCUUCACAAUUUAAGGUGUGUUAGUAAAUACUGGUGUAGUAUUUUAAUUGCUUGCUCACUAAAAUAAUUUUCUUUAUACACUAUAACUGCUUAAUAGAUGUUUACAUUUUGUUUAUUGUACGUAACAUUGUA